UCGCUACACCGUACGGUGUGGUUGCUGGAGCUGUCCUGACUUGCAACGUGUCCCGGAUGGAUAUUUGUUUUGAGAGAACGGAGAGAGAGAGAGGAGUGGAGAGCUUAGACCGAAUCUGAAAUGGAAUCGAGCGAAGAUGUGGAGGUUCUGAGCAAGGCGAUCGAGAAAUUACUCGAUGAGAGGAGGAAGCGAGACGCUGCGGGGGAUUCCUUCGUCGAAGACGAUGAUGAUCAGCUUCUUCUCUCUAGGCUUCUCUCUCAGCUCGAAACGCCCAAGCAGAUGAGAAAUGCAGACGACAAAGCAGAUGGGGCAACAGCAGAAGAACAACCAGCGGAUUCGUCGACACCUCCUGAUAAACCGGAAGUGAGAAACCAGAUAAAGGGUCGGUCUGAAAACCAGAAGAAAGAACUCAGUACAGAGGAAUUAGCCGAGGAGAUCAAGAAAGUGAAGAGGCAGAACACGAUAACCCACUUACUUCUCUCGGCCAUGAUCAUCCUCACGCUGUCAUGGCAGCUCUCCGAAUUCUCGAUCAUCAUGACGAUGAAGAACAGAUUAAGCCACCCGUUCAGAUCGUUCGGAGGUAUGCUUGCGGGGAUGAUGAAAGGAGGGGUUAGACCGAUCACCGACCAGCUUCCGGAGAUACAGUGUGCUGAGCCUUCAAAGGAGCAAAACAAUCACAACGGAACUCACUCUUUGCCUUCUCUCAAAGUGCCUGAGAUGCUAAGAGAUUUGGGUUUUAACGAAGACGACCAAUGAUUUCUGCUUUUUGCAGGAACCAAUGGGUUUGUUCAUAUGAUUGUAUGUAUGGCGCCUUUGCAGCUGCUUUCUUGAAUUGGUCGAUCAAGAAACAUUGACCAUUGUCCUUAAAAAAAUUGUAUUUGUUGGAACCAUAUGUGUUAUGGAAAAUAAAAUUCAUUAAAAAAAAGAUAAA